UAUCCCGGUAGUAAAUUCAUUUCUGAAGCUUGUGUCUUGUUUGUACAUUGCUGAAAAAUCCUCUUCAUGUACCCAUAUACAGUAGCCAUAUGAAGAAUUAGCUACAAUUUAUUUUGAACAACCUUUUAUAUACGUACAUGCAUUGCAGAACAUAGAGCAGCUCGCUUGUGAACAGGACGGAAUUGUAUUGAUGUGGAAUAGGACCAGGUGUUAGAAUACAACAGGAUUCCAGUCCAGCACAAGGUUUCGGGAUGAGCUUCUUCAGUUUCGGACAAACUGCUGAAAUUGACGUAGUUCUAAAUGAUGCCGAGACGAGAAAAAAGGCCGAGCACAAAACAGAAGACGGGAAAAAGGACAAAUACUUUCUGUUUUACGAUGGGGAGACAGUCUCUGGGAAAGUCAACGUAACCCUGAAGAACCCAGGCAAAAGGCUCGAGCAUCAAGGAAUCAAAGUAGAGUUUAUCGGGCAAAUCGAAUUGUAUUAUGACAGAGGAAACCAUCAUGAGUUUGUCUCUCUGGUUAAGGAUUUAGCUCGGCCUGGAGAAAUGGCUCAAUCUCAGACCUUUGAUUUUGAGUUCACACAUGUGGAGAAACCGUACGAGUCCUACACAGGCCAGAAUGUAAAACUACGCUAUUUCCUGCGGGCGACCAUCAGCAGGAGACUGAAUGACGUCUGCAAAGAGAUGGACAUUGUAGUGCACACACUCAGCACAUAUCCAGAACUCAACACCUCCAUAAAGAUGGAGGUGGGAAUUGAGGACUGUCUACACAUUGAGUUUGAGUACAACAAGUCCAAGUAUCACCUGAAAGAUGUGAUUGUAGGGAAGAUCUAUUUCCUGUUGGUGCGAAUUAAGAUCAAACACAUGGAGAUUGAUAUUAUUAAACGGGAGACAACAGGGACAGGGCCAAAUGUGUACCACGAAAAUGACACCAUUGCAAAAUACGAGAUUAUGGAUGGAGCACCUGUGCGAGGUGAAUCCAUCCCUAUCCGUCUUUUUCUGGCUGGGUACGAGAUGACGCCCACCAUGAGGGAUGUUAAUAAGAAAUUCUCUGUUCGUUAUUACCUGAAUCUCGUACUCAUUGAUGAAGAAGAGAGACGUUACUUCAAACAACAGGAGAUUACGCUAUGGAGGAAGGGAGACAUUGUGAGAAAAAGCAUGUCCCAUCAAGCUGCCAUCGCCUCCCAGCGCUUCGAGGGCUCGGCGAGCGCAGAGAAAGCACUCUCUCAAGCUAAAGAGGACGACAACUAAACCCAACCAUAUCUUCUCAUCAUCUCAUGUGUGUAUGUGUCAGAGAGAGUGUGUGUAUGGAUUUAAAGAAGCCGUGUGCUCCCAAAAUAGAUGGUAACCUAAACAUGAUAUUUCACAUUCCUAAACACACCAGUUUAUGAUCAACAAGUUCCUAAGUAGCUUUUAAAAAGGGAUUAAUAUAUGAAAAGCAAAAACACCGAUUCCAAAAACCACAGUUCGAUAUUUACGAAUUCUUCUUGGCGGUUCCUCUGAGAUUGUUUACUUUUUGUCCGCCACCCAGGAAUUAAUUGACUGUAUAUUUAUUUGAAACAUUUCAGCAGUUCAUCUAGACAAAACAAACACAUUCCACUCUCUAUAUUCCAUUUACAGCCUUUUUUAAUGUUUUGUUAUUGUAGAUUUUUUUCUUUCGUAACAUGUACAUU